AUGGAGCGUGUGGACAAUGACGUGGAUGAGCCAGAUGAAGAUGUCUACAGUCGCUUCUUGCGGCUACACCUUCAGCAAUACAGUCGCUUCACAGAGGAAAAGGCCGGGAAGGGGGCGAGGAUGAAGCAGAGUGACGGGGGGUCUCUGACCUCGGAGGAGGAGGAUGAGAUGGAGGCGACCGAGGACUCAGAGGAGGAGUUUGAGGAGAAGGAGGUAUCCCGGCACGGGGACGAGUCUAUCUACGAGCAACUGGGCUCCCGCACCACACAGCUUGUCCUAGAGAAGCAGUUCGGUCGGGAGGUGAGACGCCUGCGGAAGCCACGGGACCUGUAUGGCCUUUCAGCUCUGCGCUCGGCACAGGUGCCCUGCUGGCCUCAGGAGUGUGAGGUUCUCAAAGAGAGGAUCAGGCACAUCGGUGAGUGGGGUAUUUUCCCGGAACCGGAGCCGCUGUACAAGCCGACGGGACAGGAGCAAUCCCUAGAGUGCCUGGCCCCCGAGGAGGGGCUGCUUGUCUACGUCUCCAACAAAGCGUGUAAGGAGCCAUACUUCACAUACUCCCGUGUGGGGGGCAGCCCACGGCCGCUGAGACAGGCCACCUAUAAUGUGGACAAGCAGAGCGACACACUGCUGUUUGAGGCUCGCUUCGAGAGUGGCAACCUGCACAAGGCCUUCAAAGUAGGUGAUUAUGACUAUGAGCUGUUGCUCAGAGCUGACCUGUACACUAACAAGCACACACAGUGGUACUAUUUCCAGGUGGGGAACAUGCAAAGGGGCGUAUGCUACCGCUUCACCAUCACCAACCUGCUGAAGCCGACCAGCCUGUACAGCGCGGGCAUGCGGCCCCUCAUGUACUCGGUGCGGGAGGCAGAGGAGCGCGGGAUGGGCUGGCACAGGGUGGGCACGGGCAUCAGCUAUUACCGUAACAACCGGAGCCAGGCCAGCCGGCAAUGCUACUCCCUGACCUGGAAGCUAUGCUUCCCCCACUCCGGAGACACCUGCUAUUUUGCCCACUGUUACCCGUUCACCUACUCGGACCUGCAGGACUACCUGGCUGGGAUCAGCAGCGAUCCCGUGCGCUCUCGCUACUGCAAGCUCCGUGUCCUGUGUCGCUCGCUGGGUGGUAACAUGGUGUAUGUCCUCACUGUCACUAACCCAUCACGGAGCCCGCAGCUCACCAGUGGGAAGAAGGCGGUGGUUGUGACGGCCCGAGUUCACCCCGGGGAGACCAACAGCUCCUGGGUCAUGAAGGGCUUUCUGGACUAUUUGCUCGGAGGUUCUGAGGAUGCGAGUCUUCUCCGUGACAUGUUCCUCUUCAAGGUGGUACCAAUGCUCAACCCCGAUGGCGUGGUUGUGGGCAACUACCGCUGCUCGCUGGCCGGUCAGGACCUCAACCGCAACUACAGGACCUGCCUCAAGCAGCACUUCCCACCCGUCUGGUACAUGAGGAACCUCAUCAAGCGGCGAGCGCUCCCACCACCGAGCCGCCGGACUCCACAAACACCCGAUGGGAAAUCCGGACAGGGCACCAAUUCGGCGCCGCCGCCCGCCGCCGCCGCCGCCGCCGCCCGCCUCGCCGUGUUUCCGGCGCCGCUCGGGGGAAUGACUUCUCUGGAGGCUUCUCUGUACAGAACAUUCACAGCAUUAGAGAAGCCCAUUCAGCCCAUCGUGUCUGUGCUGGUGCUCGCUCCCCUGCAGACUGAGACCCUCUGCUCCGCUGACCUGGAUCCCAAGCGGGGCAGCAGGGAGAUGGACAAAGGUUAG